AUGUCGAUAGCUCCCAUCAUCACCUUCAAAGCAGGUAUCUGCGACUUCGAUGACUCUACGAACCCUCCUUCCGUGAAGCCCAAGUCGACCCCCGGCUACGUUUAUCUCUACUCCGAAGAUGAUCUCGUGCACUUUUGCUGGCGCCCUCGCAGCGCAUCUCUCGAUGAGCCCGAGCUUGAUCUGGUCAUGAUUCCCUCAGAUGGAAGCUUCACCCCAUACAGGCCCGCCGGCAAGGGCGCUACAAAUGGUCGUGUCUUCGUGUUGAAGUUCUCGUCAAGCUCUCAGCGCUAUCUGUUCUGGAUGCAAUCCCAGUCCCAACACGAGAAUGGCGACUUGAGUUGGUUCAGCCCGCGGGAUCUUAAGCUAGGAGAGAUUGUCGAUGUUCUGUUGCAGGGCGAGGAGGUGGAUGUGGAGCACGAGAUCGCUAACCUCCCCCGCCGACCAUCCAGCGGCGACGAUGACGAGACCAUGGAGGACGUGGAGGGCACCGACCAUUACACUAACCAGAGGCACGGAAGCACCAGCGGUGGAGCUGGCCCGGACGCAACUGGGGGUGAUGUUCGUGAGGAGGGCCAGGAAUCGCGAGAGGGUGGAGCCGAUGGUGGACGAGCAGCUGCCCCAGGAGAUCCAUCGUCAGUAGUCCAGGACUUCCUAAAGUCUCUGGGUGGCGGUCAGAGCCAGUCCCAGUCCCAGGACCCUGAACGACCAUCUACGACCCUUCAGGACCUUCUUCCCCCCCCAACUACGCUGCCAUUUAUCGAAUCCCUAGACGAGACCACGGCCGACCAUCUGUUGAACUUUUUACCGCCAGCUCUGCUCCUGCUGGCUCAGGGCAAUGCGGAGGCGGCGGAAGCCGACACGGACCCCGAAUUGGCCCAAGCGGCCCUCCUGUCACUCGAUCUGGCCCAAAAGAAAGAUAUUCUCCGCAAAGUGCUCCGAUCCCCCCAGUUUAUGCAAAGUCUGGCUAGUCUGACCGUUGCGCUCCGGGAUGGUGGACUGCCUAGCAUUAGCGAGGCCCUGCAGAUUCCCGUGGCCAACGGAGGGUUCAUGCGACGAGGAGGUGUACCCCUAGGUGGAGGCGAUGCAGUGGAAGCGUUUCUAGAUGGCGUUCGGCAACAUGUCAAGAAGGACUCGGGUGCGAUGGAUACAGAUUAG